GCGUUUGCGCGCUCUGUUCUUUCAGCUCCCCGCCCCGUUCCUUCAGCUCCCCGCCCCUUCCGCCUGUGGCGGCGCGUGAGGAAAAUGGCGGAGCUGGAGGUGGGGCAGCACUGCGGGGUGCCGGACUGUCGGCAGCUGGAUUUUCUCCCCUUUGUAUGUGAUGGCUGUUCAGGUGUUUUUUGCCUUCAGCACAGGAGCCGGGAUGCUCAUCGAUGUUCUGAGGUGAAUAUAAGAAACAAUUCUGUGAAACCAGAUCAGCACAAAUCUUACUUGUGCUCAUAUAAGGACUGCCACACAAAGGAACUUGUGCCAGUUUUAUGUCCCUACUGUGAAAAACAUUUUUGCCUGAGACAUCGGCAUCAGUCAGAUCAUGAGUGUGAGAAACUGGACGCACCAAAACCUCGAAUGGCUGCUACUCAGCAGCUAGUUAAAGAUAUUAUAGAGUCUAAAAAAAGUGAAGAAGUAAAAAGCAAAAAACGUAAAGGAGCAAGAAACAGUGAAACAGCAGCAAAAGUGGCAUUAAUGAAACUGAAAAUGCAUGCAUGUGGUGACAAGUCCUUGCCUCAGACAGAAAGAAUUUACUUUCAAGUACUUUUACCAAAGGGAAACAAAGAGAAAAGCAAGCCUAUGUUCUUUUGCAGUAAGUGGAGUAUUGGCAAAGUAGUAGAUUAUGCAGCUUCCUUAGCAAGCCUUAAAAAUGACAACAACAAAUCAACAGCACAGAAAUUGAGGUUAUGCCAUACUGCUUCUGGAGAAGCCUUGCCAUUUGAGCACACGUUGGAAAAAUGGCUAUCUGAUGAAGAUUAUCCAUUAUUCAAUGGUGGAAAUAUAAUUCUGGAGUAUCUUGAUAAUGAUGUUUUAUUUAUAGAAGAUAUGGAGUCAUACUUAAGUUAGUAACUAAUUGCAAACAAAACAACAAAAGAGUUUCUAGAAAUGUGGUAUUCAAAUCAAGACCAGUUUCUUCUUCAUAGAAUGGCUUGAGUUGGAAAGGACCUUAAAGAUCAUCUAGUUCAAACCCUCCAGCCAUUGGCAGGGUUGCCACCAUUAAAUCUCUGUAUGUAUAUGUGAGAAUCUGUUCUCACCUCUUGAAGACUCAGUUUCCAUGAAUUCUUCAGUUGCAGAAUUGGCAGAACUAUGUCCUAAAAGGAUAACUAAUUGUUACAGUAACUCAUACUACAGAUACUAGCUAAAAUAAAUUCUUGCUUUAUUGACAUUUUACAGCUAAAUAAUGUUUUCCUAAAUGUUAUAUGUAUUUAUUUUUGUGUAAAUGAUGGGGAAAGUAUGUAUUAAAAUGUAAACGUGCGGUGUGUCA